AACUUCCGUGAUGCUGUUCGGCAAAGCGCAUGCUCAGUGAAACCGAGGACCGAGCCGAGCCCGGAGUUGGAGGCCAGAACGGCCGAACUGUGGAGUGGCUUUCCCUCCACUCCACUUUGAGGACGAUCGGAGGUACUGCCGGAGGGGUCGGAGAUGUCGGACGCAACUCCGCAAUUCCCUGCGCCCCGUUCCCAGCAGCGGGUGUCCGCGGGCGGCCGGAAGAAGGUGCAGCUGAAACCAGGUCGAAGUCUGAUGGACUGGAUCCGUCUAACAAAGAGCGGAAAGGAUAUGACAGGAUUGCAUGGGAGGCUUAUUGCAGUAACAGAGGAAGAACUUGCUAAACACAAUAAGAAGACUGACUGCUGGAUGUGUAUCAGAGGCAUGGUUUAUAACGUGACAUCAUAUUUAGAAUAUCACCCCGGAGGAGAGGAGGAGCUCAUGAGAGGUGCAGGAGGUGAUGGAACAGAAUUAUUUGAUCAGAUUCAUAGUUGGGUUAACUACGAAUCUAUGCUGAAGGAAUGCCUUGUGGGAAGAAUGGCUUCAAGACCUAAAACUGUCUCUGAAGCUAUUGAGAAUCAGUCUGGUUUAAAAGCACCAAAGCAAAAGUUACUAAAUGGUACAGGUAAUCUAGGUGGGUUUGAAAAACAAUCAAAAAAUGUCCCCCUAAGACAUGAAUGGUUUCAGACAGAGGAUACAAUCACAGUUGUUAUAUACACCAAACAAAAGGUUAUCAACUUGGAUUCCAUAAUUGUCGACUUGGAAGGUGGUGUGCUGAGAACAGAAGUUCGUCAACAAGAAUAUUCCUAUAUUCUUCACCUGGAACUAUGUCAUGAAGUCCAAGAGGCAAUUUCUGUUCACUGUACCAGUAAGGUGGGAAAAAUAGAACUGAAUCUGAAAAAGCAUAACAGUAUAAUUUGGAAUGAUCUUGGCUAUCCUCAGGAGCUUCAUAACUCAUACAAAAGGAAGACAGAUCGAGGUCUUUUUUACAGGAAAUGCACCCUACUGUCAAAGACAGAUGUGUCGCAUGACACUAGAUUAUUGUGCUUUCAGCUACCUCCUGGGUGUUAUUUGACAAUAUCGAUUGGACAGCAUGUCUAUCUCAAAAGUAACAUUCAAGAUGUCGAAGUAGUUAGGCCUUAUACACCUGUGCUGCCAACCUUGUAUGUAGAUCCAAAGGAUAAUGGUCUUUCUUGUACAAAUAUCUACUUAAUGGUCAAAAUCUAUCCUGAUGGAUUGCUAACACCACUAAUUGACAGGCUUCAAAUUGGAGACUGUAUAUCUGUGAGUAGCCCAGAAGGUAACUUCAAACAAUCACAACUUGAAGGAAUAACUGAGCUCAUUCUAUUGGCCGCUGGUACAGGCUUCACUCCAAUGAUUAAACUGAUAAACUUUGCUUUGAAAAUUCCUUCUUUCAGGAAACUACAAUUGCUGUUCUUUAACAAGACAGAAGAGGAUAUCUUGUGGAGGGAUCAAUUAGACCAGUUAGCCUUAAAAGACAAAAGAAAUUCAUUGCUUGGAGACAGAGUGCAAGAACUAAUUCUGAACUGCAGAUGGAAAGGUCAUCAUUACUAACUGUGACUCACUAUAUAAAAAGAAUGACUCAUCAUCAGCAUCAAUGGACAGGCAGCACCAUUUUUUGUGUCAUUAGUGAAAAUAUUGUAGCAUGCCAGUUUAUUUUAGUACUAAAAUUAGUAUAGCAGAAAGCAAAAAAAGAAAAAAGGCUGCUUUCUAAGUCCAUCUCUCUCUCUCUCUCUCUCUCUCUUUCUCUCCUUUCCAAUUCCAUCUAUCUCACACUGCACCCUUUCUAUUUACCUCACACCCACUGCCCCACUCAAUGCCUUUCUCUCUAAUUCUGUCUCUCGAUAAACAUGUCUGUAUCAAUAAUUCUGCACAUCACUUCAAUGCUGUAAGCCAGCCAUGCAGGAUCCAGGCUAAAUUACUGAUUUUUUCCAUUAUCCAAGAAUCAGCAAAUCAAGCAAUGACUCGGCUGAAUCUCAAAAUGAAAGCAGCAACACUGAAUAUUUCAAAGAUAGCGGUGAAUCCAAAACAGGAAUUUAGAAUUUAAACUGGAAUCGAUUUAGAAUGAAUUGGAGCUGGAUUUGGUUGCUGUGUAGAGAUGUGCCUGUGGAAAAAGAUUUCGGCAACAUGAUCAAACACAAGAGGAAAAAAUAACAAUGACGCUCUCUGCUACUGCUUUCUCUCCGUGUACAGGUAGUUUAAUCUAAACUACCCAAAUAAAUAUAGUUCCCAUUCAAACACAAUAUUUUAAAUAAAGUGCACAAUGCUCUGUAUAGGUCCAAAUUUACUCAAUAUAAUUUAAUGUCACAAUAUUUUUUAUGGACAUCCCAUAACCCAUUAAGAUUUUUUUAUAUCCAUUUGCACCAUAAACCAGUAUUUAAUGUUGUACCUAGAUUCCGAAAAGAGGUGUCUUUAGAAUCAAGAUCAAUGAAAUUUGGGUGAAGCUAUUUCUUAGAUUUGACCUAUUCCAGGAUUUAUGCUUGAUCGUAAGGUAAAAUGCAUGCAAAAACUGUCUUAAAAAAUAAUUAUAAACCUUUCAAUAUUAUUACUCUUUGUGAUUCACAUUUCAAAAGCUGCCCUAUGCUGGAGGUUAAUUCAGACUGGUGAGCAGCAAUCUGCUCAGUUCUAAAACCUGAGUAAAUAUGUAAUAAGUGUUUAGAAAGCUGCAUCACAUGACAAAGUUCUUUCAUCUGGCUAUGUUAGCAGAGAUUGAAAUCAAUCUAAAGACACUUGUUUGUUGUGUUUAUGGAAACUAUUUCUUUGAAUAUGUUUGAAAACACUUCAUAUGUUCCGGUGUCAAACAAAGCACAGUAAUUGCAAAAGAAGUGUAAUGCACUUCACCAUUGCUUAAUGUUCCUAUGUUGUUCUACUUCAACAAAAUUAGUAACUUCAACACGAUCGAUCAUCUGGGACAGUUGGAUCAAGCAUUAUGUUCAGAAUGAAUCGCUCGGUAAAGUUUUGAUUAUCUUAAAUGUUAACUCAGGACACAAUUGGUUGCAGCCACAACAUAGGCAAUGAAAUACUAGAGGUAGCAAGAUUGCAUUCUAGUGUAUAUGCAGUUGAGCAACUAAUCAGUACAUUCACAUUAGACAGCAGAAUUUACAAAUGUAUGUAAAUGUGAAUAACAGCAGAAGUAUAUCAUUUGGGUCCGCAGACCCAUUCUGCCAUUCAGGUAAAACAAGGCUAAUCUGUCUUUGUUUCAAAUUCAACACUCCUUACCUUGUCUGGCUACAUCUGACUUGAGACCCACCGCAAUGUUGGUGAUACUUAACUGUGCUCAGAUAACCCUAAAUUUGCUUGCUUAACAAGAAUCCAUCCAUUUCUGUCUGAAAUAUACUUAAUGACCAUAAAUCACUUUCUCAAGUAGAGAUUUCCAAAUUCACUUAAUCCUCAAAGAAAGCAAACCUGCUCUGCAUCUGUCCUAAAAGAGUGAUCACUAAUUUUAAAGCAAUGCCACCUAUAUCUAGACUGACCAACAAGAGGAGACAACCUUUCCACAUCCAAAUUGUCAAGACCAUUCAGAAUCUUAUGUAAUUUAAAUAAAACAAAUCUGGAAUAAUGAAGUAGCUUAAUUACAACCAUAUGGCAAUUGUUAUAAAACACAUCUGGUUCAUUAAUGUUCUUUACAGAAGGAAACUGCUAUCCUUUCCUGGGCUGGCUUCCAUUUGACUCCAGAUCCAAAGCAACUUAACUGUGCUCCUAAUGUGGUGAUCUCAGCCAUGAAGACCCUCCAUGUUGCUCAGCACAAAACAGCAUCUCGAAUGCAGUCCAGGGACACCAGCCACGUGCACUCCUAAACAGCACACAUUGGCAUUUGAUAUUUGCCAAAUAAUAAUUCCUUUGCCCAUUUGUAGUGCAUGCAGAAUUAACAUUCUUCGGGUUCAAACGCUGGUCAAAUGCAAUUUGCACCAUGCCAUUGCUGCUUGUAAAUUUUACUUUAGCAUGUCAAAAUGUAGAAGUUAGUGGCAAUGACUUAAAAAGAGGUGAAUGCUGGCCAAAAGCAUCCCAUCUCUUGUGGAGCUUCUGAGAGUGCUUUGGGAGGAAGGGAACAUUGCUUCAUUAAAUGCCAUGUAAGUAUUAUAAUGGACUCCACUGAAUUCAACUACAAGUUUCUUGAUUUGGAGACACCGGUG